AUUAUUAUUCACCCCCCUUUUUAACAUGCAACUGUGCGUAGCUAACAUAGUGUUUGUUAUUUAGCACAUGAAGAGUUUUGUUCCGAAAUUAAAGAUCCACAAUUUUGUAUUCCAUCUCUUACAAGAUAAUUUGUAGAACAAUGCUAUUUUUUUUUUUUUUUAACAACAAGAGUUGUCAACAUUUUUUUUAUUAAUUUGAUAAUGAACUUCAAAAUGUGCAUUGUUGGAAUACAACAUUUGGAAAAUUUUGGAAUAAGACUCUUGAAAAUACUGUGUUUGUGUUUAAAUGUGACAGUGACAGCUUUGUGCUGAUUUAUAAUUGUUUAAAUAAAGUUUCAAUUGUUGUGUGAUCAUCUUGUAUUGCUUUGAUGUUUUAAAAAUCACAACCCAACUAACUGAAACUGAAAUGAAAUGUCAACAUGUCAAUAUCAUCCUGCUGAACAUUACAAUCAACCCUGUUGUUACUUCUGAUUUCUUCGUUUCUCCUGUGAUCAAGACCUCGAUUCAUCUGUCGUCGACUCAGCUCUGGGUUAAUUCCCACCAAGGCAAUAAUCAAUUUUUUGAAAUAAUUUUCAUUUUUCUACUUGUCCAUCUCUAACCAAUGAACUGUGCUUGGUCCUCCCAUGGUCUUCCAGGGAAAUCACGGGAGCGGCUGCAUUAUGGCGGGGGCAAGACAUCAGAAAGCAGUAAACUUCCAAAGGAGAGCACUGUGUUUAGCCCACAGAGGUUAUAUAAACGGUCCCAAUCACUGAACAUGUUCUCCACUGAACAAAUUAAAACAGAAACAUCAAAGCAAAUAAGGGGAGCAGAGAAGCAGGCAAGAGACAGGAGAGACAGAAUGGAAAAGCAUUCAAUCAGAAACGAGGACAAGGAAAAACAUCUCGUCAGAAAGGAGAGCUUAAGAAAACAACCCAGAAACAAAGGAAGUGACAAGGAUCAAACUAAACAUGAAGGAAGUAAGAAAUGUCAAAGCAGGCCUGAUGGAAGUCUUCUGCCCAGAUAUGAAGGAAUGAAAAAACACCCAAUUAUAAAUGACAGAACAGAACGAUCCUCGGUCAGGAAAGAAGAAACUGAACACACCCAGCCAGCCUCCACCACCCAGCUUUACGAGGUGAAACCUGCAAUCAACAGAUUAAUUGCCGAUGACCUACUUUUGAAAGGCAGAGCCAAACCCGAGAAAAACUCAAAAGAAAAGAAGCUUGAAUUCUGUGACGCAGAAAUUAAUGUAAGUGCCGUAUCAAAUCAAGAAGCCGUCAAAUCGGACAAAUUGGAAAUGGGACAUUCAUAUGACAACAAAAAUAACAGAAUUCAAGCAGACUUGGGAGGAACUCCAAGAGUUUUGCAGCCUGAAUGUAUUAGUGAAACAAAGAGGAAUAAAGCUGAACAAAAAUGCGAGGAGACAGUCUCGCCUAUUAGCAGAGCUUCUAGUGGACAAUGCAUUGGAAAAGCACACAAAACAGGGCUUCUUCCUCCUAGGACUGCAAAGGACAUUAUCCUUGGCCAUAAAGGAACAGCAUCACAACAAAACCUAAAUGAACAAAAGCAAAAAGCACACAUGGUAGAAAAUGAGGCGCCAUCUUCUGACAAGGUAGUUUUGAUAAAACGUUCAUUCAGUGUCGAUCUAAGUUCCCAGAAUAAAGACAGAAUUGCCAGGCACUUCACAGCAAAAGCGGGGAAAGAGAGUGCCUGCAGUGACAUAGAUGUGGUACCCAUUACCGCAGCUUCAUGUGCGCAAGAACAGCAAAGUAACAAGCCUUGUACACUGUCAUCAGUGAAGCAUGUCUACGACGAAGCACCAAGAUGUGGGGACACAAGCAGAGAAAGUUUGAAAAAUGAUCAAAUGGAUGGAAAGUAUCGUAAAGCUACACCAGAGAAUCCACCUCUCCGCAAAGGUGCAGAAGUUGUGCUUAAGUGCAGAACCUCCGAAUGUCCAGAAAGUCCAAAAAGUCCAGAAAACAACAUGUGCGGUGACAAUUUGGGUAUGAUUGGCUGCAGAGGCUCCAGUCAAAGUCUUCAAAAUAUCAAAGUGGAAGAUAAAAGAGCAAAACAUAUCACAGCCAUGGCAAAGGAGACAAUUCUAGAUGACUGUGGUGCUGUAUCAAACAAUAGGACAUUUGCUACCCAAAGUGUCCAGAAGCAUCAACAGAAAGGUGUGCAGAAUGUUGCAGAUACGCUGGAGAAAGAUAUUAUCUUCAGUAACCAUGAUGUUUUUAAUUCUUGUGUGGUGUCUGGUGGAACAAACUUUGAAAAUGACGUUGACCUGUACAUGCCGUUGAUGGAGGCCACGUCAGGUAUGCCUGAGCGAUUCAAGGUCCACCAGAUGAUUUCUAGAAGUGAUGAGGAAGCCGAGAGGGAAGUGGUCCAGAUUUCACAGCACCAAGACAGAAGUCAAGACAGCGUACUCGAACAUCAAGAAUGUAAAGAUGAAAAGCAGAUGCCAAAGAUGUCCACUGUCUCAUCUGAUCUCCCUGAUGGCGAUUGGAAUGGUUUGGAAAAUAUUAUUCAUAGCAUGAUAAGAGGGUUUAUGGAAAGUCAAGAUGUUGCCACUCAAAUAGCCUCAAGAGUAAUUCCCAAAAUUGCGGGAUCCGUCCACCAGUGGAUAUCAGAUGUGGAGGAGACGAAAAGGAACUCCCUAGAAAAUGUGUCUGAUCCAAUGCAGAGCAAUCCCUCAUGUGAUGCUACGUAUAAUCAACAGAAUAUAUGGAGUGAUAUCAGUGAUGCAUCAACAGAUAAUCCAGUGGAUGUUAAACAAACUGCAGGAGUUGAAAUAGUUAAGGACUCAGCAGAAAGGAAUGGACCCACACCAUAUCAGCUGAGAGAGCCUGUAAAUUUUGAGCAGAUUACUGUUGGACAUCCAAUGAUAGCUAAUUCUGCAACAACACAGGAUUAUUUGGCUCUCAAGAGCUCAAGUUCAGACAAGGAGAUGUUGAUGAGGCCUUUGCAUGUCCAAGAUUCAUGUGGUUCCACUAGUUCAGUUCAGCAGAAGGUUAGAGAUCAUCAGGCGAUGAUUGACCAAGAAACGCCAAACAAUAUCCGGGCUGCCUCAUCCGCUAUGUGUGAGGUAAAGGUCAAGUCCACCCAGGUCCAAAUGUUAGGGGCUUGUUCUGCUGACUUUAUGCAGGAAUUCAAUGUUGAAAAAGACGACCCACUGACGAGGAAUGAUUCUGAUGAUCUUGUUUUCAAUGAGUCUUACUUUGAUGAACCGCUUGUGACCAAAACAGCUAAAUCCAGGUCAGACCCUGGUUUGAUGGAUGCAUUGGGUAAUCGCAAGAAUGAUAAAGGACACAGUGCUCUUCAAGAUCAGGCAGCAUUGAGUUACACAAUCACAGCAGAUGCUCGUAAUUCAAACAAACAAGUGAUCCCUGAAUCACCUAGGAACUUUCCUAGAAGUCAAAGCCACCAGGAGAUGAUUCAAAAAGGUCCAAAGGACACACGACUUAAGCUGCAUAAAGCGUCAAAGGCACGCUCUCACAGUGUUGGUAAAAGUUCAGAAAAGGUCAAAAAACAAUUAGAGAUGAUUGCCAAUGAGAUCGAGGUGAUGAUUGUUCCAGAGUUGACUAUGACGGGCUUCCCUGUUUGUGGAAGACAAGAAGGGAUGGAGGUGGACCUGAUGACAGACGAGUCUCCAGGACUAAAUAACGAGGCCCCUGAACAAGAGACAGUGGCAUCGUUUGUAGAAAUGGACAGCUGUGAAGAAGCCAACCUUCUUGUUGAAAACGAGGCGGCAGAGGAAGAGCAACCAAUAGCACAAGAGCAAAAAGUGGAAAUCCCUCCCGUGGUGGCCGGCGUAAAAAAACGCAGUGGACUUAAAAGAUUCAGUUUGGACAAAGACAACACUGACUGCAAGAUUUCUUAGUUUUAUAAAAAUAAACUUGUGAAUUUUUUCUUUAAAAUGUAAAAAAAAAAAAAAAAAAAAGGUUUACAUGGUUUACAUGAGAAUAGCUGCUAACAUUGAUUUCAUGAAGUCGGUAAUUUAAGCGAUGCCCAGUUGUUUGUCCAGUUGAUUAAUGGAUUUGUUUUAACUUUGUUGUUGAUGUAAAUGGUUUGUUUGGCAUGUGUGUGUGUGUGUGUGUAUUGCAUGUUUUUGUGUGUCUUGUGCAUAAAAGUUCAAGAGUUACAGUAUUAUUGUGUUUUGCCAAGAGUAAACAUGUUGUGGCUUUUAUUUUGUUUGUUCCUCAUGUUCAAUCUGUGCUCAAACUGCAUAUUAAAAUUAUUUUGUAAACAGAGGCUGCUUAUUACCGUAAUUUGAAUUCCAUAUCAAAGGUGCAGGAAAUGCCACACUUUACUCUGAGAAUUUAUUUUUCAAAAUCUGUUAGUGAGAAAAUGAAGCCUAAAAUCAAAAGCUGUCACUUUUUUGUGAGUCAUUUUUCCUGUUAGGGAUAAGACUGCUUUGAGUAGUGAGUGAAACAAUUUCUUGAAAAAUUAGUCUUUAAAAACUCAAGUAGACAAUGAAACUUGUAUGUUGUUGUCUUGCAAAGUAUAAAAAUACAUCAUCAUCAUCAUAAAGACUGUUUGAAUGUCCUAAGAUUGGGGUUUCUUAGAUCAAUAUGAUCGACUGCUGGCACUUUUGUUUCUUGGUUCCUUGAUUUUCUGCAGAGGGAUUAUAAUGAAUAAACCAGUGGCAGCCAUGUUAACUUAAUUUACAGCGAUUUAUUCAUCAGCUGCCUUAAGAUCACUGCGGUGUCAUCCAUAACCUUUGCAGGGGUAAGCGACUGAAAGACCAAAUUAAAUCUUAACGGUUAAUCUUGAAGUAGAUGCUAACUCAAUAAUUAUGGUACUUCAGUUUUAUAUUCUUAGUAAUGAAGAUUUACAGUAUUUGAUGAUUGAUAACAGAUAAUUCUGAAUGUUGACUCAUAAUCCACAAUUUAAAUCAGUUUGUCCAAUAUAAAUUUGAUUUCAAAGUGAAAUAAUUUGAAAGACAAAGUGCAGGAUUU